AUGCAUCCAUUAUCUAUGUUCAAAUUAGCUACGAAGUUCAGCAAUCCUAUUCUUUACUUUUUGAUGCUACCAACUUUAGUAACCCCACAGAUCAAAGGAUUGGCUAUGAUGCGGGUAAAGAUCCAGGGCAUACAGCUCUUUAGUGAUCAUGUUGUUGUAUAUGAGCGUGAAAAUGGUCUGCUCAGAGUUGUUAUAUACCGCCUUCCAGCAGUAGGAGAACCAAUUGAAAGCCUUCAAGAUGGUCAGGCUGUCGAUUUUGUUGAUCCAAUAUAUUCGGUGGAUCCGUCAGAAUCACAAUUUUCUUCCAGCAUUCUACGGUUUUCUUAUAGCUCAUUGAAGACGCCCCGCUCUGUAUAUGAUUAUGAUAUGAACAUUGGGACUUCAGUUCUGAAGAAGAUUGAAAUGGUAAGAGGUUACUACCAUGAGUAG